AUGGAGUUUUGGGGUGAGCGUACUUCCUCUUCUUCCUUUCUCCGUCUGGUGCUAUUUAUGGAUCGUCCUUUUUUCUGUCUUAGGGUUUUGUACUCCUGACUUUAGCUUUAUCACGAUAGUGAAUAUUCGCGCAAUACGGCGACGCCAUUGUUCAUCAUUUCAUGUUCAGUAUCAACCCUUGCUUACUUUUCGAUGAUUCAUGUGCGUGACUGUAGCCUCGCGAAAAUUUUCUUCCUCCGUACCGUGGAGCUCCUAGUUUACUCUCAAUUAGAUAAGAUUUGUAAUCAGUCUCGUUCGUGCCUGACUUCAGAUGCCCUUUCUUUGCUUAUAUCUCCGAAUUCGUCGUCUUACUGCGCCAUCGCUUCUCAAGUGUUUUUGCCGGUCUCAAUCGUAUUUUCUCUUUUUUUCCUGGUUGAUUCUUUCCGUCUAAAAGGACAAUCCCAAAACGUUGCGGCCUUAGCCUUUGCGCAUUCUUAUCUACUUUUUAUACGGGCCGCUCAAAACCUAUCAUUUUCUCCGUCAUUAUGUAAAACCCUACAUGUAACCGUACCUGCUUAAAUGUUUUAGUUUGGGAUCACGAAAAAUCUAUCUCUCUAUGUGUAUCUAAUCGUUGACCAUCGUCUUAAACUGAAUAUUCUUUUAUUGCAUGCACUUGUGUUAUCGUAUGGCCCGGUCACAACUACUUAGAGCAUAUAGUUUAUUCUCUGUCCUAUAACUAUUGCAUCAACAAAAGUAUUACACAGUGCAUUACCACAAUACUUAAACACCACUAGAACCCGUACUGUCGCAAGGUACUCUUUCCUUGUUCACAUAAUUGCCGUUAAAACGUUAGUUCCCAAUUUUUUGUGCUCCUGGUUGUAUGUUGAUCUUUUUUCAACACCAGAUAUUCAUCUUCUACAUUUGAUUAUCUUUCUAGCUUUUUUCAACAUGGCAUCCGAGUGUCAACAGAUGGCAUAUUAAAAGUUUCUGUUUGCUUAUUAGUUAAACUGACGGAGAUAUCUUCCUUUGCCGUCUAACUUGAACACUACAUUUUCAUUAUCUUUAACUGUGAAUUUGGCAUUUUUGCCGCAUCAUUGUCUAGUUUUUGCGCAAAUUGUUCCAGUGUUGAAGUGCAUAGAAUUUACUUACUAUUUUUUGAUGUUCAGGGGUUGAAGUCAAAUCUGGGGAGACUGUCAAAUACGAGGCUGGUGAUAAUAAGUACUUGCAUCUCUCACAGGUUACUAUACUGGGCGUUGAUUUAGCUGGUACUUAUUUCUUAGCCUCAGUUUAUGUGAUAUCAUGCCUUAAUGUUGUUGACGCAGGCAACCCUUGGCGAAGGCAAGAAGGAUAACAAAGCAAAUGAAAGUGCGACAAUCUAUGUUAAAUUUGAUGAUAAAAAGCUAGUAAUUGGGACCUUAUCUGCUGACAAGUGUCCCCAAAUAUCGUAUGACCUCGUCUUCGAAAAAGGAUUUGAGCUGUCCCACAGCUGGAAGUAUGGGAGUGUCUUUUUUGUCGGCUACAAAGUAGCAUCUGAAGGAUAUCCUUUAUGUCAUCAAUUUAUAAUGUUUUACUGCGAUUAUUAAGCAUAAAGGCCUUAAGUUCUUUUCUUGACAUACAUCCUGCCUGCUAUUUUCUGUAAAUUACGUCUGACGAUUUCUCAGGUAAGCUUCCAUGUGCUGUCUAGUCAUCUACAUUCCAGUGACAUACUUUGCCUUCAGUUUAGCAGAUUUGCUUUCAUGAAUAUCUACAGAUGGCACUGAUUCUGAAUUCGAAUAUGAAGAUUCUCCAGUUAAGAAGGAAUCCAAAGGUGAGCAUUGUCAUGAAAUUGCGCCAUGUAAUUGGCUUGGAGUACUCUUGAUAAACUAGUUGUAUUCCAUUGAACGUUAUUUUUUUAUGGUGUACUUCUUGUAAUGACCCGGGUUCCUGUAUGCUGUUGUACUUUUGUUGACGCUUGGUUUUUGGUUUGGUUUGAGAUAAUCGAUCUCUUUGUUUGUUUGGGAAGUAAAAUCCUAAUAUGGGAUGUCAUAUUCAAUCAUUAGGCUCCACCUAGUGCAUUUUAACAUUCAGAAAAUGAGGAUCUUUUUAUUGAAACAGAACCCAAGGAUGAACCGGCAAAGCCAAAGGCAAAUGUCACGAAGAACGAGUCCUUGCCAUCUAAAGCAGAUGUGAAAGCUUUAGAGCUGAAGAAAGCAAUUGAGGAAGAUGGUUCUGAUGAUGAUGACGAUGAUGAUGAGGAUGACUCGGAAGAUGAAUCCGAUGAUGAGGUAUGUCACUUACGAUGACUAAUGGAUUCAGUUUUUUGUGCGUUAGUUUUAAGAUCUUAAUUGUUUUAUAGGUGCAUCGGUACACUAAAAAUUAGUGUUCAGGUUGUUUUGAUGCACAUAUGAUAACGUAUUUCUUUAAUCAUUUCAUCCUUGCUUUUCAGGACAUGCUUGAUGGUGAGGGCGAUAGUGAUGACGCAGAUGAAGAUGACAGCUCGGAGGAAGAGGAAGAAGCUACACCGAAGAAGGUAACACAUUGCCGCUUCUAAUGUUUGUGUGGCGGAGUUGUGCUCCUAAUGUUUCUUUGGAACAAGUGAAGAUCACAUCUUGAAAAUGAGAAAUCAGAUGGUGCUGUUAUUUCCAAAGUUUAUUGAAUUUAAUGGCUUUCUUUUUAAGGGUGACAACAAGAAACGACCUGCUGAAUCUGCUUCGAAGACACCUAUCCAUGACAAGAAAGCAAAACUGGUAGCUCCGCCCAGUAGCCAGAAGUCAGGUGAUAUUACUGGAUCAUGAAAUAAUUGAUCCUUUAUGUUGCAACGGUGCAUGAUUCGUACUGGUCGAUUUACAUUCUUUUUUCUGUAUGUUUACUUGCUCAGAUGUACGUAUUAUGGAAGAUGUAAUCUUUAUUUAUUUAUUGAGGACCUAACGGGUUUGUGCAUGAUAUCCAAAAAUUUGUUCUUGUCGCCUAGGUGGUGGCCCCGAUGGGAAAAAGGGUGGCCAUACCGCUACCCCGUACCCUACGAAACAGGGCGGGAAGACUCCUGCAACCAGCGACAAAUCCAAGCAACAGACGCAAAAAUCAGGUGGCUCAGUGGCCUGCCAGUCAUGCCCUAAGUAACUCUCCCUACAGCUGCGCCAGACAUGCUGUGCCCAUUUUUUUUUUUCUGUUGUAUCUGACGAAAUCUUCUUCCUUGGCGCGUGCAGGACAUUCAAAGAUGAGAGUGCGCUAAGAUCCCACACUCUCGCCAAGCACCCACCCCAGUGAGAAGACAUGCGCAAUGACUCGUUAAUUUUGGAGAGAUGUGACUCAGGUGACGCCGCCCCGCCGGAGUGGUGCAAAAACAGGUGGGCACGGAGUGUCAAGUUCGUCGUUGUGGGGAGUCGUCGACUGUCAGAUCGAGUCGGGGUCGUAGGAGGAAGAGUCUGCUUUCUAUUUUGGUGGGUCAUGUCCUGGCAAUUUUGUCUAUCACAAUUGAAUUUUCCGCGUGUUUUACGAGAUCUCGUUUGGUGAGGGAGGGGUCUCAUAUUGGUGUUAUGAGACCGCUGCUUCCGCGGUAGGAGGUAGCGCGCCAUGUUCCGCUUGGAAUUACUUCCAUGCCCGAUUGGUUGCUGUCCAAGUCCAAAUGGCAUGGACGGGAAUCCUACUACCCAACACAUUGAAAGACGUCAUCUCCCCCUGAGCAUUAACUGCACUGAAGAGGAGUCGACGGCGUGCCUCACGUGGUCGGCGGACGACUGUUCUCUCCGCCACCCGGCAAGUCCGCCCGCCCUCCCAUCUCGUAUUUGAUUGAUGGCAAGCCAGCUGGGCUUGGGAUGCUGCGUUCCGACGGUCGAUGGACCUCGGCAUCGUAAAGGAAAAUAACAGGAGUGGUGAAUUUCUGAGAGAGGGAUGUGAGGGCAGGGGAGGGUAGGUCAAGCCCCGGCGCAAUGUUGUGCCUUGGUUGGGCGAGCCCACGUUGACUCCCGCACCUGCAGCAGGUAAGGCUCCAUAUCAUAACCUUUCUUCUUCGUUACUUAAAGAUUGUUGUUAAUGGAGGGCAGCCAAUAAAGGUACGAUGGCUUAUCUCAUAUGCGACAUUCGUAGUCAAGCGACGCUCUCUCUCUCUCUCUCUCUCCCCGCGCGCCCUACAUAGGAAUGCAUAUAGACAUGUUUUUUUACAUACAGAUGUACAGAUGUUUGUAUGUGUGGAAACGACGUGCAAAUAUUCAACGUGACAAAAUCAACAACUCUCGCCUAG